AUGAACACUCCAAUAAAACUCGCCUUUCUAAUACUGUGCAUCGCCCUAACCGCAACUGCAUUCGUAGUCCCAGCCAAACGUGACGUCGUCACACCAGAACACGAGAAAACCGUUGCAGGAAUAUGCAGCGUUGUCCAAGACAAACGUCUCUGUAGCAUAACCCUGAAAACCGUCCCAAGCAAUGAUCCGGAUGUUUUGGUCCGUCACUUAGCGACAGCAGCAGAAACCUCAGUUAAAAAGGGCUUGAAGUUCCUCUCCGGAAUCAAACCCAAGUACAAGGGAGACUCUUUUGCCACAACUUGCAUCACCAGUUGUGAGAAACAACUAAACAACGCCUUGGAAGACUUUGCAGAUUUCUGGAAAGCCGCGGGAAAAGACAUGACGAGCAUGGCUGAUAAUUACUUCACAUGUAAGCAGAAGAUGACUUCGAUCUUCAACUACCAGUCGACUUGUCUCGAUGACAUUUACGACAAAACAUUGUUGAAAGUGGUUCAAGGAGGGAUUGGGCUUGGGAAAAGAAUGAGUGGCGAGUCUGUGGAUGUGUUCGCUGGAAUGGGGAAAGUCUUUAACACUCUUAACAUUAAGACCAAACUUAACCAGAAAGAUACUGAUUCGUUGCUCCCACCACCUUUGUCGUUUUACUACUACUGA